AUGGCCGAGAAGGAACAGAAAAUAAACAUCGAACAAGAUCUCCAAGAAGAAGGUCAAUUUGUGGUGGACGAUGUUAGUAAAAUUAUUAAAGAGGCAAUCGAAACUGUAAUUGGAGGUAACGGCUAUAAUCAAGCUAAAGUAAACAAUUGGACCACCGCCGUUGUAGAAGCGUGCACGUCGGAGUUAACGAAAUUAUUAAAACCGUAUAAGUACAUUGUUACAUGUACAAUUAUGCAAAAGAAUGGAGCAGGUUUGCAUACUGCUAGUUCGUGUUAUUGGGAUAAUAAUACUGACGGCAGUUGCACAGUUCGUUGGGAAAAUAAAACUAUGUUUUGCAUUGUAUCUGUUUAUGGUUUAGCUAUAUAA